AUGGCAUCGCUGAGCAUGAGCCUGGAAGAGCUCAAACAGCUGGAGCUCCUGCGCAAUCGCUUUGCGCAGCUCACCAGCAGCUUGCUAAGCCUACGGUCCAGCGUUAUAAACUCUAACCCUCUUCCUUCCCAACAGUCCCUCCAAAAGUCCGUCACAAUCCUCCAACAAAACAUUCGCACCAUCCAGGAGCUCAUGAUCGAGAACGCGGGCAUGUUCCAGCGCCUCGCCAUCCACCCCUCGACGAAUUUCCCCGGGCGCACACACGAGAACGUUCUCAUCACACUUCUCCGCAAGAAGCUCGAGCCCGACGUCGAGAAUUGGGUGGAGGACGCCCGAGCUAGCGCGCGAACAGCCGGGUUGGACCAGAGCAAACUGGCGGCGGGCGUGCAAAAACGGGGCGAGCACGAUUACGAUGACGAGGACACAUAUGGCAUGGAGCAGGACGAUGAUGCACCGCAGGACCCCUUCAGCGAGCAAUGGGGAGAGAUGCUGGACGAUUUUCAGCAGACACUGCAUCAGUAUGUGGCAGUGCAGUCCAAGAAGAAAUACACGGCGGAAGAGCAGGCGGCCGGCGUAGAGAACGUACGGACGGGGCUUAAACAGGUGCUCGAAGAAAGCGACGAGGAGGAGGAUGAUGAGGAUGAGGAUGAAGACGAAGAUGAGGACGAGGUUGUGGAGGUCGUGCUACCUGGUGCUGGCCCGAAUGCUGGCGCGCAGGGGGCGGGGCCUCUCGGUAGUGGUCCCUCGGUUGUCAUCGAGCCGGAGCACAUCUUCUUCUUGCAAGCCACGGGUAGCCUCGAUCUCCCCAAGAACGUUCCAAUCCAGUCGCAAGCCACAGUGCCUAUUGGGCGGGUCGCGCCGAAAAGGUGA